AUGACAAGAGCACGUGCACGCGCCAUCGAGAACGAGGUUGACUCUCUCCUCUUCGAGUCUCGUUUGGAUUCGUGUGAGAAUUGGAUUCUACCAUCAUCGGAAACAUUGUUCGUUCUUAGGUACCAAGAAGAUGACCGUGAGAAGGAGAGGCAGGAGACCCGAGCAUCCAUCGAGCAGGAGAAUGAAGAAGAGGUCGAGAAGAAGGAAGGAAGCAAGAUGGCUAGGCCCCCUGGACACUCCGGGUUCCCGGCCCCUCCAUCUACGGGUGCCCGGCCACCUCCUCCUCCACCCGGGCGCUGUCCCUGCUCGGUCCGGGUGCUCGGCCACUUGGCCCCCGGGUGCCCGGGCCCCUGCCCGCCUCCAGCCGCAUCCCCCGAGUGCCCGGGCCUUGGCCCCCGGGUGCCCGGCCCCCUGUCCAGCCGGCCGCCUGGGGCGACCCCGGGUGCCCGCCCCCCUGUCCAGUCGGCCGCCUGGGGCGACCCCGGGUGCCCGGGCGUGAGCCCCCGGGUGCCCGGCCCCCCUUCCCAGCCGCCUCCUGUGUGGACCGGGUGCCCGGCCCGGUGCCCCGGGUGCCCGGCCGAACCUGUCCGCGGCCUCUGA